AUGAAUAUGCUUGGAAGCAUGUUCUCGACGGUCAAACCGAGGUUAGAUGACCUCGGUACUGACCGUCUCAAUUAUUACUACUCUACACUUAUUAUUAUGGGAAUGUCACUGACCAUUACGGCACGACAGUAUGUCGGAUCGCCGUUGCAGUGUUGGGUUCCUGCUCAGUUCACAAAAGCGUGGGAGCAGUAUGCCGAAGACUACUGUUUUGUGUACAAUACAUAUUGGGUGAAACCCAAUGACAAAGUACCAACAACAAUCGAGGAACGUGUUUCUCAACAGCUCAUUUACUACCAAUGGGCUCCGUUUAUUAUGGCCAUCGAGGCUGCAUUCUUCUAUCUUCCUGUGAUUUUUUGGAGUAUGCUUUCAACGAAAUCCGGUAUCAAUAUUAUCAAAUUGGUGGAAACUGCACAAAAAGCAGAGGGUGCUGAGUCGGAAGACCGCAAAAAACAAAUCGACAUCAUUUGUCGUCACAUUUCCAACAAUCUAAGAAAACGCCGAAAUGAAGAGGAAACCACAAAAAUGGCGAAGAUUCAGAGGAUUUUUGGAAUGCAACAUGGCAAAUUUAUUACCAACGUCUACCUUGUAACCAAAUUUAUCUACAUGCUCAACUCAUUUCUCCAAUUCUAUUCCACUAAUAAAUUCCUGGGACAAAACGAUCCUUACUGGGGAAUGCGAAUUCUUGAUGACAUUCUUCAUGGCACCGAUUGGGAGCAUUCUGGCAACUUUCCCCGUAUUGCCAUGUGCGAUUUUCAGGUCAGAGUACUUGGAAAUCUUCAAAGACACUCCAUUCAAUGUGUGCUUACACUGAACAUGUUCAAUGAGAAAAUAUUUUUGUUCUUGUAUAUUUGGUUCCUUCUUGUCUUUUUCGUCACUCUAUUCGAUUCAAUUUUUUUGAUCUACAACAUGUUCAGCAGUCACAAAAUCGUCGAGUUUUUGCAACAAUUUCUCGACAACCAAGAAGCCGAUGAGAACGAAGAAAAAAAACCAGAUGACGAGAAGAAAAAAGUGUAUCGAAAAGAGCAACAUGCGAUUUUACUCUCCGAAUUUUGUCUCCACAAAUUUACACCGGAUAUUAUAAUUCUUUUAAAAAUGAUCAACAACCACACUGGAGAUAUCGUUUGUACUGAAAUUGUCGGCAGGAUGUGGAAUGACUUUUUAAAACGGGACGCCAAACUCGUGCUUCAAAAAUUUGUUGAUAACGAUCCCAACAUGGAAACCAAGUCGUCCAGUUUGAAAUCGGUGCAACUUUUUGAAGAACACAAAGGAUUAAUAUAG